GUUUUGGAGACUAGCUACGUCACAGGAUCCAUCCGUAACUCACAUCCGCUCCCCUCCUUGUGACAGAAUGACCCAGACAAGGAGUACAACAUGCCCAAGGAUGGCACUGUGCACGAGCUGACCAGCAAUGCCAUUCUGUUCCUGCAGCAGCUGCUGGAUUUCCAAGAGACGGCAGGGGCCAUGCUGGCUUCGCAAGUCCUUGGGGAUACUUACAAUAUACCCUUAGACCCCCGAGAGACGAGCUCCUCAGCCAGCAGCUACAGCUCCUUAGAGUUUAGCCGAAAACUUCUCAGCACCUACAUCUGCAAGGUGCUAGGGAACCUGCAGCUGAACCUUCUCAGCAAGUCUAAGGUGUAUGAGGACUCUGCCCUAAGCGCCAUUUUCCUGCACAACAACUAUAACUACAUCCUCAAGUCCCUGGAGAAGUCAGAGCUGAUCCAGCUGGUGGCCGUCACCCAGAAGAGGGCGGAGAGCUCCUACCGUGAGCUGAUCAAGGAGCAGAUUAAGAUAUACCAGCAAAGGUGAGCAUUCCACCCAGUCUGUGAA